AUGGCCAACAACACAUCCCAAAAUGCUAACGGCAUCGCAAAAGCCAAGGCUGCUAAAAGUAGCGCAUCUUCGAACACCAAAUCCUGGCAGUCGUUGUCUCUAUUGCUCCCUCAGCGCAACCCUGAUUACGAUUUCUGGUGGGGCCUAACAGGACCUCACCUCGCUACCAUGCUCGAAAACGCUGGCUAUUCUUCUGAAAAGCAGUUUGAAAUGCUUUUGUUCCACUUCCAUUGGAGCGUCACUUACCUAGGGCCGCGACCGAGACAAGGCGUCGACCCCAACUGGAAAUCCCUCUUGGAGCCUGAUGGAAGCCCUAUCGAGUACUCGUGGAAGUGGAACGCUGCCUCUUCUGAACCCGACGUUCGCUUCACCAUGGAGCCUAUCAAUGAGUUCUCGGGGACGGCACUCGACCCGCUCAAUCAACAACCAUCCUUGGAGUUGCUCCAUCGUCUCGCCGAGAGGUUGCCUUCGGUAGAUCUCACAUGGGUCCACCAUUUCUACACCAGUUGUUUCGAUCAUGACAAAGCAAAAUAUGUACAGGAGAAGGCAUCCGGGGUCCCUAUUGUGACAACAACAUGCCUUGCCUUCGAGUUCGUCCGACACGGGCUAUCGCUCAAGUCCUACUUUCUCCCGCGUAAGCUAGGUCAGCAAGGGCUACUACCAUUAUCCGAAUGGGAGAAGACGAUACGUCAGCUUGAUCCCAAGAACAAGGCGCUCGAUAUGCUUCUCGACUUUCUAAGCACGAGCGCUGAGGGAAAGAAAAUGAAUCCGCUCAAUCUUGCAGUUGAUGACGUGCACCCGUCACAAUCGCGGAUGAAGUUCUACUUUCAAACGCCUAGUACCAGCUUCUCCUCGGUUCGCGACGUUAUGACCAUGGAUGGGCGCACAACGGGGCUUGAAAAGCAGCUGGCGGAGCUGAAAGAUCUCAUUCAUGCAGUCACUAGCCUUCCUGCAGAUUUUCCAGAAAAUUUAGACGUUCCGGUAGAAGAACAGUACCAUCCCAGAGUCAAUGGAACCAUCGGAGAGGUUCCUGGUCAGUCUGGAUAUCUCUAUUACUUUGACAUCCGCCCUGGUGCCAAAGUACCGGAGAUCAAGUUCUACACCCCGGUAAGCCGUUAUGGACGUGAUGAUCAUACGCUUGCCAAGGAGCUUACAGGAUGGAUGAAGAGUAGAGGUCGAGAUGCCUAUUGUGAGGGAUAUCUACGCAUGCUUGAGAAUAUCGCAGAGCAUAGACGCUUGGAUGAUGGCAAAGGCUUGCAAACUUAUGUCAGCUGCAUGUUUAAGGAGAAUGAUGUUUUGGACAUUACGAGCUACAUCUCUCCUCAAGUCUUCCACCCCAGCAGACUUGCACAGUGGGGGCAGCGUUAG